AUGCCAUCUGUUGAGCACAGGAUGAAGACCCAGAUUGACAAUUUCAGUGCCGAGGAAACCAUUGAAGAGCCUUCGCAUGGUAACAUACGUAAACUACUCAUUAUGGGCUUAGAAGGGAGUGGCAAAACAUCGCUGAUUAACAAUUUAUGUGGAACAUCGUACCUUACGGGAACAAAUCGAUAUGGUUAUAGAAUUAUGGACAAUCAAAGAGGUUCGUUUAAAACCAUCUCUCCACCUUGUGAGAUUAUUCUCUACGACACGAAUGGUCUGAGAAUCAAUGAGCCGGGCAAAUGGCAUGAACAUCUUAGAAGUACAUUAGAAAUCCAUGGUGUCAUCUUCUUUAUUGAUGGACAUGAUAAACGAUGCAGUUUACACGGUGAUCUACCACGAUUGAUUGAAUAUUGUCGAAAUUUAGAAUUACCUGUAUUGUAUCUAUUUCGAUCGGAUCUCGUCGAUUGGUUAGACGAGGAGUGCAGUUUUGAUAAUUUANAGCGUUCCGUUUAA